GGAGUAACGAACGUAACUGCAGCAAGUCUUCGAAUGACUCAGUAGCGUUCACCACGACACGCACCACUAGCUCGUCAGAGGUUCUCCUGUCCUCAUUGGUUGCCGUGAUGUAUGCCCUGGGGUGCUACUCAUAUCAGCCAGUCCGGCUGCGUGACGCCGGCCCCAGUCCUGCUGUCCCUGAGAAAGUCCGCUCAUCCAAGCCACGCAAAUCAAGACAGGCUACUGUCACUUCGAAAUCUAGAGUAAUUAAGGAGGAACAGAAGACGCCGGUCCUCGCAUCCAAUAUGUUAAGUGACGACAUCCCAUUGUACGGACAGACCGUCAAACCCGAGACUAGUUCAUGCACAAGCGACACUAGCAUGAACAUCGACGACUCUCACUUUGCUGCAAGUCCUGAGUGUCAGCAUCACUCUGAGUUCAAUCCAGAUAUCCGCUUUCCGUCGGAAGCUUCGCCGCCUAAUGGCCAUUUUAAAAUGGACGAAUGUACAAGACAACUGAAGGAUGAAGACAAUUGUAAUGAAGAACAUGAUGUUGUGUCUCAGAAUCAAGACAUAAAGUUGAAAGCAGUCGUCACUACAAAAUCUAUUCUAAAAACUAACUCCAAGUAUCCAUUGACCGACAAUAAAUCUUGGGCUUCCUCUGAUUCAGUUUCGAGUUUUGCUGUUGCAAUUUUUGUUUGGUUGUGGGAUCGCUGCUGGAACGAGAUUUUAAAAACCGAAUAUAAAACGAGGAUCGAACUCGAGGAAAAUAAACAAACAACCUGCCCAGAAUCCAAAAAUUAUCUCAAGGCGUCGACAGAAGAUGAGUUGAACGAUGUCGGAUGUUCAUCAGGGUCGAAGUUUGAAGACAUUGAUCACAAACUUUGCUUAAAAACAGAAGUAAAAAAGGUUACUUUCGCAGAGCCGCUCGUCUCUUCGGUGCACACGUACAAGUAUAGACAAAAACAAAAUAAACGAGAUAUCGAAGAAAAGCGAUGUGAGCCUUCAGCUGUUCAGAAUACGCUGUAAAACGGACAAAAUAACUCGCGCACGUAUCUUAAUAACCGAAAUCAUCUGCCGAUUUCAAGAAACUUAUGCUUAGUUUUUAAAUGUUUUACCUAAUUUUGGCAACCUUAUUAAGGUACUUGAGUCAGAAUAUUUUACAUGUGCCAACGAAUUGACCGAGUAAGUGGCAGUAGUAAAAAUCACUUUGCUACCGACUUCCUAGCUGGAUAGCCCUAAUUAAUUGACACUGUUAAUACCCUUGGUAGAUAUCAGUCACUUUUAUCUGCAGAAAGACCGAAUACUGCUGCCACUGGCACAGGAUGUGAUUUUAUUGUCAUCAAAGAAUUGACUGCACGAAGAACUACCUAAUCUUUGAUUACAUUUUAUGUGUUUUGUAUCGUCUUAGUUUUUGGAACUCUAGUGUUAAAUGUUGUUUAUUAACUCAAAAUUAUCAUUGAUACUUUUGCCUCCAGUUUAUCUUAAAAAAUGUCAAUUCAAAUGCGAUUUUACAGUUUCAAAUUUUUGUUGCCACUCUCGUUUCAGAUUUUUAUAAAAGAAGCAACCAAGUUUGAGAAUCACAUUAACAAUUUUUAUUUUAUUUAAAAUAUGUUUCUUAACUGAUUUAAAAACUGCAAUAGUUUCCAAUUUGUUGUAAAAUAGCGAAUAAAAUG